AUGGCCUUCCUCUGGAUCCUGUCCUGCCUCGCCUUCAUCAGCACCGCCCACGGCUGUGGUACUCCCUCCAUCCCUCCCGUCGUGACCGGGUAUGCUCGCAUUUUGGGCGGUGAGGAGGCGGUUCCUCACUCCUGGCCCUGGAUGGUGUCGCUGCAGACUCAGAGUGGCCGGCUUAUCUGUGGAGGUUCUCUGAUCAACGAGUACUGGGUGGUGACCGCAGCUCACUGCGAUUUCAGGGUCAACGACUAUGUGGUCGCUGGUGCGCAUAACAGAGCUUCCAGCACACCCGAUGAUGUCCAGAUUCUGAGAUCCGUCCUGGUCUUCACCCAUCCCAACUACAACGCCAGCACCAAGAACAAUGACAUCGCUCUCAUCAAGCUGUAUAAACCCGCCAUCCUGGGACCCACCGUGUCCCCCGUCUGCCUGCCCAAGUCCAGCGACUCCUUCUUCGGGAUCUGCGUGACCACCGGAUGGGGCCUGUUACAGCAUAGCUCUUCCCUCAUUAUCAUCAACCUGAGGCAGGCGAUCCUGCCCCUGCUGCCCGAGAAAGACUGUAAGGAGUUCUGGGGGGACAAAAUCACCAAAGCCAUGUUUUGCGCCGGGGCGUCCGGAGUCAACUUCUGUGAUGGCGACGAAGGCGGUCCUCUGGUCUGCGAGAUUAACAAAGCCUGGACUCUGGUGGGCAUCGCAUCCUGGGGAAGCACCCAGUGCUCACAAGGCAGUGCCGGAGUCUACGCCCGUAUGACGGAGUUCCGUGGAUGGGUGGACCAGAUCCUGGCUGCCAACUAA